AUGGCGUGGGACCACCUCGAUUUCGACAAGCCACAUUUGGCAUACAUGAUCCUUGGCGGGUUCACAAGCCUUUUCAUGCUGUGCUCCCUGUUUGUGAAGGAGAAGCUCUACAUUGGAGAAGCAACCGUUGCCACGUUGUGUGGUGUUAUUUUCGGACCACACGCCGCAAACCUUUUCAACCCGAUAUCAUGGGGGAACGUCGACAAGCUUACCCUCGAGUGCUCCCGGAUCGUCCUGGUCGUGCAAUGUUUCGCCGUCGGUGUCGAACUGCCCAAGUCCUAUAUGGAGAGGCACUGGAGAUCCGUCAUCAUGUUGCUAUUACCCAUCAUGACUAUCGGAUGGCUGGUGACCAGUCUUUUUAUCUGGUGGAUGGUUGAGCCAUUGUCCUGGCUGGAGAGCUUAAUUUGCGCCGCAUGCGUUACAGCUACCGACCCCGUGCUGGCGUCCUCCGUCGUCGGUAAGGGCAAGUUUGCGAAACGAGUGCCCAAGCAUCUCCGAGAUGUCCUCUCCGCGGAGUCCGGAUGCAACGACGGCAUGGCCUUCCCUUUCAUCUAUCUCUCCUUAUAUCUGAUGGCCUACCGUCCAGACAGUGCCAAGGUCGCCGAGCACUGGAUAGUGGUAACUAUCCUGUAUGAGUGUAUCUUUGGCGCCAUAUUCGGCUUCCUUAUCGGCUACGCUGGUCGUCACGCCAUCAAAUUUGCUGAAUCCAAAAAGCUGAUUGACCGAGAGAGUUUCCUUGUUUUCUACUUCGUUCUCGCUCUUUUCUGUGCCGGUGCUGGUAGUUCACUGGGGAUGGACGAUCUCCUGAUCGGGUUUUCUGCUGGCAUUGGAUUCAGUAAUGACGGCUGGUUCACGGAAAAAACUGAAGAAUCUCAUGUUUCCAACGUCAUUGAUCUGUUGCUUAACCUUGCUUAUUUCGUCUACUUCGGUGCUAUCAUCCCCUGGGAACAGUACAACCUACCGGACCUAGGCUUGGUUCCAUGGCGCUUGGUCAUCCUUGCAAUUCUAGUCAUUUGCUUCCGCCGGAUCCCAGCCAUGCUUAUGAUGAAACCGUUUAUUCCAGACGUUAAAACAUGGCGAGAAGCGUUGUUUGCAGGUCAUUUUGGCCCAAUUGGUGUCGGUGCCAUAUUUGCCUGUAUUUUGGCACGAGCUGAACUUGAGACGCACAGUACUCAGCCGCUGUCAGAGCUCCCUAACCCAGGAACUAAAGACUAUAUGAUCAUAUACGUGAUCUGGCCUAUUACCACAUUCUUGGUCAUCACUUCUAUCAUCGUCCAUGGCUCCUCCAUCGCAGUAUUCACCUUGGGUAAACAUAUCAACACUUUAACCUUGACAAUGUCGUAUACCCAGGCCCACGAGGAUGGGCCAUCCUGGAUGAACCGCCUCCCCAGGAUCCAGUCUACAUCAAAGACUUCCCUCUCUAUGAGAAAGGACUCCUGGGAAACGAUGGAGAAACCAGAAUUCCCCCCCGGAACACUGGGUCCCAUUGGAGUCCCUGGAAAUCUGCUAAGGCGGCAGAGGGAUGAUGAUCCCUAUAGUACACCAGCUAGCCGUGCAUCGAGUCUAAGACCUAACCGCAGACGUAAACAAGGAGUCCAGGGAGCUGGUGGACCGAUCAGUCAGUCUGCUAUUACUCCCCAGCGAAGGCCUGAGGGAGAAUUACAAGUCAGCAAACCUCCAACUCCUGAAGCGGAGGCCUCCGAGGAUACAAGGGGUCGUCGACAGCUUUCUGAAGGAGGGCAACCCACUUCUCCACGGGCUGAGGUUUACCAGGAGGGAGACAAUAUCAUUGUUGAAGAUGAAGAAGGAAAUGUACUUGAGCCCGACAGAGUUGUGAAAGAGAAAAGCAGCGAGGCCAGCAAACCAGCCGGUAUAGAACCUAAGGGAGGAAUUAUGCAGAAACUCUUCCCCGCCUGGGCUGGCUUUGGCAAAACCCAAAAAGAUGAAUCUCAUCCCCAAGUCAACCGUGCACGCCGCUCUGCUCGAGCAUAUCAAUUUGCCAACACCAUUAUUGUCGAGGAUGAAGACGGAGAAGUCAUUAAGAAAUACACUAUCCCUUCAUCCCCCAAAAAGGAAACUGGAGCUGGGGCUGCUGGUACUGAAGAGGAACAACCUAAGUUGUUACGUCGUAUCACCAAGCUUGGUACUUGGACCGGCGAUGGUGCUGGCGAGUCUGCCGCAGCUGCGGCAAAGAAAGCUGAGGAGGAAGAUGCAGGCAUCCGAUUCACUGUACCUGUUUCUGGGGAUGUUGAUGAUCACUUGAGAGGCCGCAGAAUGAGUAAACAAGACUUCAUCAACCAAAUGCAACAUCUCGGGCCCAAGUCACCCAGCGAUGGCUCCUCAAAGUUCAGUUACAUCUUCCGACGUGAUGGCAAUCGAGGACGAGCCAAUCCUCACCGCAGCAUGCCUAUUAGCGGGCCCCAUGGUGGAGGUGUCGAGGGCAUGCCCUCGCCCGAGGGAAUAUCAGAAAUGUUAGCACAAUACACUGGUCCUGAGGGUUCAGCUGCCGAUAGACAACGCCGCAAACUAUCAGACCCAGUAUCUCGAGGAUCAUCUCUCAGUCGCCAUGACUCCGAGGACGAUGGCACCGAACGUAUUCCGCCUGCCCAUCGCCGUGCGAUUGCCGCAGGACAGCAGCCACCAGACCUACAUUCCCCAACUGUACCUUCCGCUCGUAGCAGCAAACAUGUUUCGAAGCUCGACGAUGAUAUAGAAACCCCUGCGGAACGGAAACGUCGUCUUGCUGCCCUUGGUGCAUACCGCAGCCCGUCAAUGCAGCGUGAAUCUGACAGCGAGGACGAUGGAGAGCCUCGUGUAGUCAAGGGAAAGGUCCAAUUUGCAGACGGAACCAAACAUGCAAAGAGAAAGUCGCCCGUGCAAGCUAAUUUCUCGUUGUCCACUGGUGUCACCUCGCCAGAUCUACCUUCUUCUCCUCCACCCGUUUAUGCUCCUGAGAGUAACCCUUUCUCUGAUGUUGGCAACGCUCCCGACUCUACGGGCCAAAGUACCAACGAAGGGGUUGGCAAUGGCAACGGAAACACUCCUAGAAACGGUUCCAAGUCCAAGAUCUCGUGGGGAGGUGAGAUAGGUCGUUGA